UACACAUGCGCGGAAUGCAAAUUGUACUGUUUCAAACUGAGUGGCGGGUAGAACUGCAGAGUGUGGCAACACAGCGGAAUUUCAAGAAAACGUACUGCAAAAUAAGUUUGAAAAUGUCGAGUACAUUGAAAGGAAUUACUCUCAAAGGCAGCGCGGAACUGGUUGCUGAGUUUUUUUCAUUUGGUAUCAACAGUAUUCUUUACCAACGAGGCAUCUACCCUCCAGAAACCUUCACGCGAGUCACUCAGUACGACAUGAGUCUAUAUCUUACCACGGACGCCAAGCUGAAGAACUAUCUGACCAACGUGGUGACGCAGCUCAGAGAAUGGCUAUUUGACUGUACGGUUCAGAAGCUUGUCCUUGUGAUCACGUGUUUGGAGACCAAUGAGGUGCUGGAGAGGUGGCAGUUCGACAUCGAGUGUGACAAGAGCGCUAAACAGAGCAGCGGUCCCAGGGACAAGUCCAUCAAGGCCAUCCAGGAGGAGAUCCGCUCCGUUAUCCGACAGGUCACCGCCACCGUUACGUUCCUGCCCCUACUGGAGACCGCCUGCGCGUUCGAUCUCCUGAUCUACACGGACAAGGACCUGGAGGUGCCCGAGAAGUGGGAGGAGUCCGGGCCACAGACCAUCGCCGACUCGGAGGAGGUGCGCCUGCGCACCUUCACCACCACCAUCCACAAGGUCAACAGCAUGGUGGCCUACAAGAGGACGGACUACCUCUAGACCCCCCCCCGCCCGCAGGGGAACCCUGUAUAUACCCCACCCUCCACCCGCAGGGGAACCCUGUAUAUACCCCACUCUCCACCCGCAGGGGAACCCUGUAUCUACCCCACCCUCCACCCUGCCCAACAACCGGUGUGAAAGUAGUUCUCUUUACAGUGUUCUGUUUCUCCCCCUCCACCCCCAACCCCCAACUCUGUCUCUGUAAGAUGUGUACAGUGGGGGCUGCUGAGGCGUCCUCUACACUGCCUGUUGUAAAUAAUGCCGGAGUGACUGUGUUACCUGUGUCCGUUCUUCUUGAACUGUUUCUUCUUCUUCUUCUUCUGUCCUCUUUCCAUGUGCAAAGCCCAGUUUUAGAGUCUCGUGGUUUCUUUGUUCUAUUUUAAGAAAAGGAGUAUCUAAAAUAAAAAAAAAUUAGGAAAA